AUGCUGUUCAAGCAGUGGAACGAAUACUCAGAGCCGAGGCAUCAUUUGGAUGCGCCCUUGGAAGAGAACACGGAUUUGGAUUCAUUGCAACCGGCGCCCCUACCUGAAGUAAUGCUCGAAAAGCCAAUUGACACCGCUGGAUUCAAGCGUGCGUUCAUUGUCACCAACAUAUUUCGCUCUCUAUUUGAGGAUAGACUAGCCCGCGCAGAACAGAUCUCCUCCUUCGUUGUUGUCUGGCAAACGAAGGGACGUGAGCAGCAUUUAUACCGCGAAGAUUACCAAACACAAGAGGACUCUAGGAGUACAGACGAAACCAAACGUUUAGAAUUCCCAGUCCACAAGCUUGAUGAUGGCACUCUGUUCAUUUGUGUGCGGGAAGAUUUCUUGCAUGUGCCUCCAAUUUCAAUAAAUCUGCUGUCGCGAGAGAUAGCCAAGCUGUGCGGGGGGCUUGAGGUCCUCUUGUUUGGCUCUAGUGACCGGGUUGAACGCGUCAAAUAUGUUGGGUUUCCUGGUAACGUUGGAAAAGGACUGCCUCUACUAACUCCACCGGAGCUCAUCACCAACUUCACUGCGAGCAUCAUGACGCAGCUGCUCUCAAACAAGGUUCGGUUCGAUGGCUACGUAGCGCCUAGUGAAGGGCCCUCAGGCUACGAAAAGCUAUCCAUGGAAACCAUGGAUCUCCUCAUAGAUUUGUGCUGGUCUGAGGUGAGGUUUGGGAACAGAGAAGACUACGUCAAGAGCUGCCAUCGGAACUGGCGGCUAAAUGGCACAGUUAUGGGUGCCCAAACUGGCUUGUACUUAUAG